CCUCCCGGUUUUUGCACAGUCGUCGGUGUCCACUCAAUGUAAACAGAGAGUAUGGCCGAAGAAGAAGGCGGGGAGGACCACAAUAUUAACAACAUGGGCAACCAGCUGCAGCUUUUACCGGAAAAUGAUGAGGAUGAUGAUGAUGAGAUGGAGUCUGAAGAAAAUGAUGCAGAAGACACGGAAAAACCAAACAUCAUUAACUUUGACACCAGUCUGCCAACAUCACAUGUAUACCUGGGAUCUGACAUGGAAGAAUUUCAUGGCCGAACAGUGCAUGAUGACGACAGCUGCCAGUUGAUCCCCGUGCUGCCUCACUCCUCUCUGAUGCUGAUUCCUGGGCAGACGCUCCCAUUGCAGUUGUUUCGACCUCAGGAAGUCAGUAUGAUGAGAAAUCUGAUCCAGCAUGACCGGACCUUUGCUGUUCUUGCUUACAGUGACAUGAAUGACAUGCAGGCAGAAUUUGGCACAACUGCAGAGAUAUACGCUUUUCGAGAAGAACAAGAAUAUGGCAUUGAAACCGUUAAAGUAAAAGCAAUUGGAAGACAACGAUUUAAGGUCCACGAAUUAAGAUCUCAGAGUGAUGGAAUUAGACUGGCCAAGGUGCAGAUUCUUCCCGAAAGAAUCCUUCCUUCAUCACUGUACUUCGUCCAUCCCAGAUCGAUAUAUGGACUCCAGCUAAAUACGGCCACUCAACCUCCGGCAAAGCAGCAUCGACAAGUGCAGCACUGGUGGCAGAAGUACCAGAAGAGGAAGUUUCACAGUGCAAGUUUUACAUCAUGGCCUGCUUGGGUCUAUGCUCUGUAUGACUCUGAAAUAUUAAUGGACAGAGUAAAGAGACAGUUGCACGAAUGGGAUGAAAAUCUAAAAGAUGAUUCUCUCCCCUCAAAUGCAGUAGACUUUUCGUACAGAGUUGCGGCAUGUCUGCCAAUUGAUGAUGCAUUAAGAAUACAGCUUUUGAAAAUAGGCAGUGCUAUCCAGAGAUUGCGUUGUGAGCUGGACAUAAUGGAUCGAUGUACUUCGCUUUGCUGUAAGCAAUGCCAAGACACAGAAAUAACAUCAAAAAAUGAAAUCUUCAGUUUGUCUCUCUGUGGACCCAUGGCUGCAUAUGUCAAUCCACAUGGUUAUGUGCACGAGACACUGACAGUGUACAAGACUUGCAAUCUCAACCUGAUUGGCCGCCCUUCUACACAACACAGCUGGUUUCCUGGAUAUGCCUGGACAAUAGCUCAGUGCAGAAACUGCGGGUCACAUAUGGGCUGGAAAUUUACUGCAACUAAAAAAGAAAUGUCCCCACAGAAGUUCUGGGGAUUAACACGUUCUGCACUUCUUCCUCAGAUCCCUAAGACAGAAGAUGAUGAAGGGGAGCAAAACAACAGGCUUGUUUGUCUGUAAACAUUUUAGCGAAAAACAAGUGAACAAAGUCUUUGUAAAAAUAAAUUAGCUUCUUUAUCUGAAUCUACUUGGAACACUAAGGUACUGUUCUGUGACUUGGCUUCAGCUCAAAGUUAGGUUUAUUGUUGUUCUGUUUGAGCUAGUAACACACACACUUUCUUUAUGGUAAAUCAGUGCCAAGGUCCUUUGUAAAGCAGCAUGCUUUGAUAAACAGGUAAGAAGCCCUCAAAGAGAGGGAACUGCAUCAUGAAAAACCCCUACUCAGUGCAUAAUUCCUCCCAGGUAUUUGUGUUUCCUCAGUAUUGUGCGUUAUUAUAUAUAUAUAUAUGUAUAAUGAGGCUGAACUUUGCAGCUGUUUGUUAAUACAGUAGCUUUGGGUGCCCCACUGAAGUACUGCACAAUUGCAACCAUGUACCUUUAAAUGGAAAUCUUGAGAAAAGUCGCCAAGGCAAGUUUUGUAUUUUGCUUUACAAGCAUUUUAAGAAGAGUGUCUCUGUGACUUGUACAUUUCAACCAGAUGAAACUUGAUAUGUAAAGUGAAUCUGAACCUCUGAUGAUCUAUUAAAGUGCUUAAGGAAAGUGAUCUAGUAUUAUGAAAAAGGCUGUGAUAAGAGCAGUUAAAACUAUCACACCUUUCUUUAAUGUUGCUGUAGUUCUAUUGAAUUGAACUAUUUAUAAUUUUAGAAAUUGGUGUAUACACUUUUGCAUUUUUUAUUUUGUGGAUUUUGUUUAUAGUUCAUUGAAAAUUUUAUUAUUAUUAUUAUUAUCUUUUUGAUUGUUCAAAAUAAGUUCUGGAGCUGCUGUUUAGACAUUUAAGUGAGACUUAGAAACUACUUCACCCUGACUCUCAUUUCUCUGCACUUACAGAUCCAUGUUUUCCCCAGUAGACUUUGGAUAGCAUUUAUAAUAAUUCAAAAUGCACAACCUAGAAAACUUUAUGUCAUAUUUCCUUCCAUGUGUCUAAUACCUCUGUAACAGCAAAUGCUCUUUGUUUCUUUCAGUAAAGAUUGUUGUGAAUCUCUUUGGCAUAUCUGCUUGCUUUUUUUAAUGCCUGUUGGAUUGAAAUCUGCUAUAGUUUGAUCCAGAGCAAAUACUACCAAAUCUGAAAAGCUGUGUUUACUCUGCUCUGCAGUGCCUUGGAAAAGUAUACAAGUCCAUUUAAAGGUUUUCAAAUUUUGCUUGAUUACAUGUGGUAUUUAGUCGUAUCCUUCCAGUCUCAAACGUCAGUGCUCAAGAAGAGAAAUUUUAAAGGCAAAAAAUUUGAUCUUUGUCCGCACAUAUCUUAGAUAUCAAACACAGGUAUCUUCAUCAAGAAUUCAGACCCUAGAUUUUAAUACUCGGCUACUGGUUAAAUGUGAGUAGUUUCAGGUCAUUUUGUUAGAUUUGUUCCAGCUCAUUUAAGUUCCUAGGACAUCACUUGCGGAACACCAUUUUCAGUUUGACAUUUUGCUUAAGGUCAUUGACUUGCUUGAAAGGUAAAUCAUCUCCUAAGAUAUACUAGAACAUGCUUUCUUACAGCAUUAUCCAAUACUGUGCUCCAUUUAGUUUUUUAUUUUUAAAAUCUUAAUUAUUUUCUACUGAUGAGCAUCCUUCCUAUAUCUUCCUACCCAUACUUCACUCUGUGGAUGACUUUCUCCAGAGAAUGGGUACCAAAAUGUAAGUGGUUCUCUGUUAUGCUUUCUGUGAACUUCCCAUCAUUCCACAUAAUGAUUCUUUUUCUUUACAAUCACCCAUACAGACAGUUGUUAUAGUUGAGUAAUGCACGUUUAUUCCAUUGUCAGCCCCUGAAGUUUAGAAAUGUUUCAAAGGUGAUUGUUAGUAGUUUAGUGACAUCCCACAUAAGUCUCAUUUUUGUUUGCAUAUUGAGCUUUGACUUACCCAAUUUAUAAAUUAGAAGAAGUACCUGGGUGGAGUGAUGCUGAAUUAGUGUUAGGGUUAUUGUUAUUGAGCUAGUGGUGGUCAGAGGGGAGACUCACCUUAAUGUUGUUUUCCCCUUUGUUCCAGCCUUUGUAUUUUUAUCACAUUUUUUUCAGUCUUCAUCAGAUUGUUACUCUAGUCUUCAUUGUCCUCCCUUAACAUUUACUGUGUGACCAGUAGUUCUUGAGCCAACCUGAGUUUAUUUUGGCAGAGGCCAAUGAGAAUGCAGUUAUACUCUUUUGAAUACAGAGAGUGACUGAUAGUACAUGGACGUUAGAGCUAAAGCUUAGGCCAGCAUCAAUUUUUAGUUUUUCACUUAGAGGAAUACUCCAACAAAAAUGAUAUAUUUUUAUAUGUUACUUACUCUGUGUGUUUUGUACUGAUGGCCAAAAACAUUUUUUUUAAUCUCAUGUUUUCAUGGAGAAUGGAGAUAAGGACAUUUCUGACAGAAUGGGUCGCAUGGUGACAAAUGCUGAACCAUAGUAAAAAAUAUUAAAAGCAUCUGUGAAAGAAAUCGUUUGUUAUUUUGUGACACAAUUCACAUCUCAAUUCAUCCAGUCAUAUUCUCACAGAAUGCAAAACAGAUAAACUUUUUGCUAAAAUAUUGGUACAUAAGUAUUUCUAGAAAAUGAAAGUAGUCCAACAAAAAUUAAACCCCUUCAUACAGGGUCACUCUUUAAAUUUGAAUAUUUUAGAAAAAAAAUGCAUUUGUUUUGCAUUUUGUGAGCAUACAACUGGAUGCCUUAACAUAUGGAUUACGCGACAUAACUUUUUUUGACAUUUGUUGCUGUUGUCUAGCGUUAGUCGUCGUAAGCUCCUGUUCUAUCAAAAAUGUUACUAUAUCCAUUCUCCAUGAAAGCAUAAUAUUAAUUUUUUUUUUUCCUUUGGUCAUCAUUACAAAUUGUAUGGAGUAGUUAACGUAUGAAGAAAUAUCAUUUUUGGGUGCAGUAUUCCUUUAAUGUUUAAAGUAUUUGCCAGCAAUUAAAUAAUUUUGCCUUUAAACUGUUUUCAUUUUGAGCAUCCAAUUACUGAUUAAAAUAAAUAUGUGUAGCUAUCAUUUAUACGUCGGCAAAAUGUUUAAGCUUUUAAAGGGUUUAAAUACUUUCGCAAGAUAUCAUAUAACCCAAUUUGUAUGUGUGCUGAGCAAGCCCAAUAUCUUUAUGUACAUACUGCUGCGUAUAUGCUGUGUCUCUUGAGUCUUCUGGAUAGCUUCAAAAUGGGUGCCUGAUCUUGUCAAAAAAUUUUAAACUUGACCGGACUUCUGGUAGUGUUUGAUCUAAAUCAGAAUUAAUAGUUAAAAUGUGCCUUAAAGCUCAAGUUCAUAGUUCAUUUAUUUGCUAGCAGUUUGACUUGGAACCCUUUCCCUUUCCUCCUUCACAUUAAAUCAUAAACCUUAGGAAUAGUUUGCAUCUAAUAAAAAUAAACAAUGUUGUGCAGUCCAUUUCUAUUAGGUUGUUGUGGGGAAUCGGGUGGUCCGCUGGUCUAGUUUAGGUUCCAGGAAUUAGUGCACAGUUGAGGGCAGGUAGCAUGGCAUGAUUGAGGUAUGUUAAUAUAUAUCACACAACAGUGGUGACAGGUGAUAUUACUUUGUAUAAAAUAAUUGUCUUAUUUUUGAAGUUUUUUUUUUUUUUCUAAAUUAAGGAUGUAUUUUAUUACAUAAAUUCAUGACUAUUUUUCUGCUUAUGUGAAGCCUAAAUAAUGUUUAUUUUCUAGAUCUCUGCUCACCCACAGCGCAUAUCAGGUAUUGUUUAUGGUCAUUGGUUUUAAAUAAAGUUUGAGAUUUGUAAACUUAAGUCAGCAAUAAACAGAUAAUUUAUGAAAGUUAA